AUGGUUGAAAAUGAGUUAGUUACUGGUAAACCUAAACAAAACGUACUAACUUGUACUGAGAAGGAUUAUUUAAAUUCCUUAAUAUCGCUUGAUUUAAAUGAUUCCUUAUCAUUUUCUAAAGCUAUAAACCCCUCGGAACAUGAGACUGAAUUGUACGUGGAAGCUCUUCUAAAGAGGCUGAAUAGCUUGGAUGAGGACAUUUGGUAUUCCGUAGAGACUAUUCAAAACAAUGUUUGUAACACGUUAACGCGUUUGUGUAAUUUGUUUUACGAUAAAUCUGAAAAUUCGAAUCACGAUGCCGAAUUAUUUGAAACCGUUUACACGCGACUGAAAAGAAUUGAAGAUUUAUCACUCGCAAUUAAGUGUAAAUACGAUAAAACUCAGUCGUUAAGGGAGUUGAAACGUUUAAAGAAUGUGAUAAUUGCUAAUCAAAAGGUGCUCUCACUCAUUUAUAACUGGGAUAAUUAUAUCAAAUCAAUCCAAUCUAUGUUUUUGCAAUAUACCAAUAGACGAAAUGAACAUGUUGAGUGUAGUAGUGUAACAGAUGGUGUAAGUCAGAGUGAAAUGUACUUUAUCUUGAAUUCUGAAGGGUUUACAAUAAGUGAUUUGGAUAGAUUAAAAGCAAUAAUAUCGCAACUGAAACUGGAUUACGACACAUGUUUGGAUAACCUUGUGAAUACCAAUGUGGCCCAAACUCUAUCCUUUAUCAUGGAUAAAUAUUACAUCAUACUUCAGGAUUUUACUUCCGAUAUUGUUAACUAUGUUAUAACAACCUGUAAAAUCGACAGAAAUGACUCAUUUAAACCAACGUCUAUCGAUAUAAGUGAUGAUGUUAGAGAGAAAUUGGUUAAGUAUGUAGAAUAUUAUAGUGUGGAUGGAGGACUGAAUUACACUUGCCUAAAUCGCCAUUUGAAGAAUAAAUUGGAAGAGAUUUUCAUGAACCAUUUUAAAACGCUUGGAGAAACCUCCUUAAACCUUUUCUCAAAUACUUUAACACUUAACCUGGCCCUCAUGAACAAGGUUCAAUCAGUUUUGAACUCGUUUUUCGAAUACUUUUUCAAUUUCUUUAUAACAUUUAAGCCGUCUUACCAUUUCAUAAUGUCACAUCAACAAAAUGAAAAUGUUAUGGAGAUGUAUAAUAAGCUGAUAGUGAAUAUAUUGUUAAAGUGUAUAUUGAAUAGUAAUGUGUACAACUCAAUUCUGAGGAGUGAAGAGGUUUUCGAAUGCGUUGAAAGCAUUUUGAACAUUUAUAAUGAAAUAUUCAACAAGUUCCAAAAUUAUAUCGAUCAACUCAAUUUAAACCAGCAUAUUGAAAGUGCAAAUUUGAUCCCAUUUGACAUUUUGGACAAUUACACGUUUCAUAUAUAUAAUCAACAGGUUUCCAAUACAGAACAAAUGAAAUAUAAUAGUUUGGAGGAUUGUAUUUCGAAUUUUAGGCUACUGCUUCCAAGUCAAGUGAGAAACGUUGAUCAAAGGCCUCAAAUACUUCUGUGGUUAUCUAUUUACUGUAAAUUAAAUAACUUGAAAGUUGAGUACGAUAAUUAUGUCGAGAGUUGCUGUAAGUUCGUUAAAGAAUAUUUCAGUGCACUGGUUCCGAGGUUCGACACGAAUCCCAUAAACACAAAGUUUGAGCUUAGUUUACGGGAUUUUAUAGUUGAGCUUUUGGAAACUCAUGGGCUACUGGUCGAGAGUGUCCAUCAGCUUUUACUGACUGCAACCAUGUCUUUCCAGAGCAAAAUUGACUUGAAUGUCUACAGCAGUUUGCGGGAAAACCAUGACUGGAAGCUAGCACAUCAUCUUUCACAACCAUUUAGACAACUCGUUUUCUCCAAUUCUAAAUUCUCUGAUUCUAAUUCAGAUAAUUUUUCCAAUAAAUUUUUAGGCUUAGAUUCUAGUUCAGAUAUGGCUUCCACUAAAUGCUUAGAUUCUAAUAAUUUGAUGAACCAGUUUGAAAUUAAAACACUUUUGUACACAGCAUCGCAGUCGGUUUCAAAGUACAUUUCAAAUGUCGUGACGUUUUUGAUAAAGAACCUGUAUGAAGAUGCUUCAGGGAAGGAUAACAAGGUUAACAUGUACGUCGAGUACAUUGGAGAAUAUUACAUUAACUUGUUAUCCAAGUACUGCGAGCACAACGAGACGUUUAAAAUUCUCCAAAAGUCCUUUGAAAUGUUCAUCGACGAGGAGUUUGAAAACCUGACAAAACUCAAGAACCAAAAGGACAACAUUCAAUACCUCAUCAAAAUCGCAAAGCUCCUAAACAUCAACACCAGCGACUCACUGUCCAUGCUUCUGUAA